UUUAUUAUAGUUGUUCGAUAUUUUACAGUUACAUAUGAAGAUGAAUAUAUUGUAUUCUCUCCUUGUUCUCUGUUAUAUAAAUAGCUCGUUUUUUCUAAAUAAGUUGAAUUUUGAUUUACCAAAACUAUUAUUACUAAAAUAAUACAGGAAUUAUUUGAAUUGAAAUUGAAACCGAAAGCAAUAAUCGAAGUACUUCAUGAACGUGGAAUAACACUACCAAGCAUUAGCCAAUUAAGUAGUUUUUUAAGAACUAUUAAGAGUACAAAACUUGGUCCAAGUUCAAUUAGUCUUUGUGAAACUGAACAAUGGUGUUUAGAAUCAAGUCAAUCAGUUCCAGAAUCAAAUGAUACUCUUUUUGUUGCAUCAUAUCAAAUUAUUUAUUAUGAUGAUGGUGAAAACGACGAUGUUGAUGAUGAAACAAGUUUCGUUCUCGUUGUUGGCACAACUGAUCUUGAUCGACACUUUCGCUCAUUUGGUAUGGCUGUCUGUUCAAAUGAAACAACACAGGAUUUCAGAUUUUUAUUUCGUGGUUUACAAGAAGAACGUAUUCAAGCCAUACUUGAUAUUCCUCAACCCACAACAUUAGCUCAAGCAAAUAAAUUUAUUGGCAAAAUUGGAUGGUAUAGGAAAUUUAUUCCAAAGUUUGCUGAAUUAGCUGCUCCUAUCCAUACAAAGAAAAACCGAGAAUUUUAUUGGCAUGAGGAUCAGGUUCAAGCAGCAAAUAAGUUAAAACAAGUAUUAACGGACGAACCACUAGUAUUGAAGUAUCCUCAUCCAACUGCACCAUUUAUUUUGGCUACUGAUGCAUCGGAGUAUGCGAUUGACGACACAUUAAAACAAAUAAUAGACGGGCAAACUCAUUAUAAUUACUUUCUGUCUCGAUUGUUAACACCAACCGAGAUGAAUUAUUCAACGAUAGACCGAGAGGCAUUGGCAUCUUUUGGUGCAUGGAAAAAUUGCAGCAGUACUUACGUGGAAGGGAUGUCAUCAUUCCGUCGGAUCACAAACCAUUGGAACAAUUUUACAAGAAGCGGAAAUUCAAUAGCAAACGAAUUGCGGAAUGCUUAA